AUGGCAUCUCUGCAACAAGCAAACUUCAUGGAAAUAGAAGAAAAUGUCAGCGAAUAAAGCAAAAAUGAACAUGAUAUAAAUUCUCACUUUUGUUUACAAGGAAAAAUUUUUUUAUGCUCUGAAUCACUCUUAGGAAAGAGCAAUUGCUAAUACUGCAUCUUAAACACUUUCACUAAACUCUCCCAUUCAAAGAUUGACAAACAACAAAAUCUCCAUUUAAAUUUCAAAAAAAAUGGCUGCUGUGAUAGUUAAAAUAUGGAUAAUUUGAUAUAGAUACUCUCUAAUGGAUCUUGUCCUGAAAAUACAAAAAUUAUUAACAUGAUUUAGCAAAUUUAAUCUCAAAAGUAAUAUAAAUAUAUUUCUGAAGAAGAAUCAUCAUCUUCUGUUAGUGGAUCUACAAACGCAUCGUUUCCUUAAUAAUGCUCUCUAUCUAACUAAAAAUCUCCUUUUUUAUCAAUUUCAUGGGAUAAUAGCUAAAGAAAUGAUCAAUCUAUUUCGAUUUAGAUAUCUUCUCAGUUUUAAUAAAUUUUAGAUUGGAAUGCAGAGGAAUUGUAGUUGGAAAUGCAUAGCCUGGGAAUGUUAGAAUUCAGCAAUGGAUUCAAUUUAAGAUAACCACUGGUAUGGCUUUUAGAAUAAUUUAGCUAAAACAAUAUAAAUGAGCCUAAUUUCUAAAGUUAAUCUCCUAUGUUCGCAUAAUAGCUUUUAAACAGCAAAAAAUAAGUAGUUAAUGCUCUUGUAUAAUAUGAGAUUGCUAAUACUAAUGAAAGAUUUUAUUUGAAUGUCAUCAUCAAAUAGGUGGAAUCAACUUUAGGAAAAAGGUAUCCUACAAGACAAACAAAAGAAACAAAUAAAAUGAAUGUUUAAUUAUAAACACAGUAAAGCAUAUCAAUGUUUUUUAAUUAGACAAACCUAACAAAAUUAGAAAACUUGAUAGCAUAGUAAAAUAGAGUAUUUUCAAAUGAUGAAAUUAAAUUCAUUGAAAAAUAUUAUUACCCCAAUUUGCAAUAAUCUCACCCUUAAUUAGUUAAACAUAAUUAAAAUGAAUGCUCUUUUAGAUUCAUUUGA